UUCGUUAUGGAAUACCUCAACGGUGGAGAUUUAAUGUUCCACAUACAGGAGAGUGGACGUUUCCCGGAAGAACGCGCUCGAUUCUACGGUGCCGAAAUAAUAUCCGGUCUGAAGUUCCUACACAAGAAAGGCAUCAUAUACAGAGAUCUUAAGCUGGACAAUGUGCUGCUGGAUUACGAAGGGCAUGUCCGAAUUGCCGAUUUCGGUAUGUGCAAAUUGCAGAUCUACCUCGACAAAACAGCGGACAGCUUUUGCGGAACACCAGACUACAUGGCGCCUGAAAUCAUAAAGGGCGAGAAAUACAAUCAAAAUGUCGAUUGGUGGUCAUUUGGUGUUUUGCUCUAUGAAAUGUUGAUUGGUCAAUCGCCAUUCAGCGGCUGCGAUGAAGAUGAACUAUUCUGGUCGAUCUGCAAUGAGAUUCCAUGGUUCCCCGUUUACAUAUCCGCAGAGGCCACCGGCAUUUUGAGAGGGCUACUCGAAAAAGAUUACACCAGGCGCAUUGGAUCUCAGUACAGCCCUGCUGGCGACAUCAGCGAACACAUAUUCUUCAGACCCAUAGACUGGGAUUUGUUGGAGAAGCGGCAGUUACCGCCGCCCUUCAAGCCACUUGUG